AUGGCGGCCAAAGAUGAGCAGCAGCUGGCCCUGGUAGCGCGAACUGAUGUGAAGGGGCGGCCGUCGCGUGGUCACCGCUUCAACAUCCCAAACUCGAGCGGUCUUUUAAGACCAGACUCUGCUGAAGCGGAUAAAAUAACUCAACCAAUACACAGAUACUCUAGCAACUAUCACCAUCAUUCUGUUGAUUCCACUAUCAAACAUCCUGCUGGAGAUGAUAAAGAUUCAAGUGUUGGUUGGGAGUCUGGUAAUCCAGUGACUGAAGACUCGGUCUUCAAGAGCGAGGAAAUCCCUAAACUAACAAAUAAUGGAGCUUAUGCUGGCAACUGUCAUUCAUUGCUACCUGGGAAACGAACACAAACUGAUAAACCUAUUGAAUCUCCGCGUGUUGAUGAUCGUAAAAAUGUCGUGGAAGUUGACGAAGAAAAACCAGAGAAGCCUGAGAAUCUGCAGUGUCCAAAAUCUGAUGGUGACUCCAACGAAGUUACUUAUAGCAGCGCUGAAGCUGACCAGGGAAAUGACGUUUGCAAGAUGGCUGAACUCCUUGAACUUCUUUCUUCGUUGCAAAACCAUUUACUGGCUUACUGCACCAGACAUGCUAUUUCUCCUUUCCAUGUCCAUAACCGCCAGUGUCCCGGAGGAGUGUGGAAGCGCAGCUCUACUACAGCGUCACUUGCAGCAAGUGUUCGAUGUGAGCUGCCGGCUGCUGGCCCUCACCACCAACCUCAUCACGAGACAUCCCGAGAAAACCCAUCUUGUGCAGAAGUAGUGUACAGCAGCGUACUGGGCCAGUGUGUAGGCCCCCUGGUGUACAGCCUGUGCCUCAUGUCUCCCCUCAUCGGCCGCCCUCUGCUCCCCUCACUUGAGGCCCUCAUGAGGGCGCUGGACCGCACCAACAGAGCCGUCGCUGUCGUCGCACAUAUCACCGACCAGGACGAUCUCAUGGACGAACAAGACACCCCCACGCCUGACACCGUGAAGAGUGUUGGUGGUGGAGGUACGGGCGUGGUGGGCAGAUCAUGGCUAUGGCUACUCGACAUCGAACGCUGCGUUGCCCUUGUCCUAGGGCGCUGUAUCCACUGGAUGAUGGCUGGUGGCGGUGGUGGUGGUGGUAGUGACUGCAGUAUUAGAACUCCCACCAUCAAUUCUGAUGCUUCAGAUCAUGAUUUAGGUCUUAAAUUAAACGCAAAUUCAUCCCGGGCUCGCAAUGUAUCCUGUUCUUCAACGUCUUCUUUCCCGUGCUGCGAGACUCCCUUAGCACACUUCGCAAGCUGGUCUCAACGUAACGUUUGUUCCUCUUGUGCGGUCGAAACGGCACCUCUAGUGAACCUUGCAACAAACUCCCCAGCAGCGCCGCCUGCAUGUUUGUCCCCAGGUCUUCCCUCUGGAUUGUCCCUUCAUCCCCAGCUUUUUGGCUGGGGUAUCCGCAGUAUAAAUAUCGAAACAGAGGUGCUGGUGUCGUGGCUGGAGCAGUUUGUGAUCUCAAUUGAACAUCCUGACGGCAUGCGAAAUGUGCUGAGGACCUUCAGAAUCCUAUACUCCCUGAACACGCCCAUUGAGAGCCUCUUGAAUGCCGCCUCUUGCUCGCAGUCCUCGCAUGCUGGAGGCCAGAGUCCCAGGGACGCCUAUGUCUUUGGUUCCUACGCAGGCAACUCCUACGAGUCCUGCAACAAUAAAGCAGAUCCUGUUUACACGCCGCUUGUGGACGACACUUGUACUGUGUCCCAAGUCUUGCAACACGCUAUACAUCUCAUCAAUCAUACAGAGACGGCACUCGCGUCAUGGAUGCGUGAGGUGGAGGAAUGGGACGCUCCUGACGAGGCUCUGAAGAGAUACAGCAGAGACCCGCACCUGCGAGACAUGAUGUCACUCCUGCUGGCUGCCAUCGUCGCCCACACUUCUGCCUCGCAAACAAUCUUGGGAUGCCAUUACUCAGCUUGCAUGCUGGAGGUGUUCCGCGCCGUGCAGCGCGUCAAGUGCCAGCUUCUCUCAAUCAUGGCUCGACAGUUCCAAAAGUCAAGUGAGGCUACAGACGCUGGCGAGGAAGGCGUGAACCUCGUGGCUGCGUGUCGCCAGAUCACAGGACGCUGCCUGCUCCUGAUCGCCUUCGUCAGGCCUGUGGCGCUACUCAAGGGGGAACUACUUUAUUGCAGCUCUCAACCUUCUACCGCAUAUAUAUAA